AGAGCUGCUUGCCGCUCCUUCGUAUAACUUUUUUCCAUGUAUAGGUAAGGUGGGUGCGCGAUGGCUCUGCAGGAGUACGAGAUCAUCGAGAAGAUGGCCAGCGGUGCCUUUGGCAUCGUCUUCAAGGUGCGCCGCAUCACCGACCACAAAGUGUUUGUCAUGAAGCGCAUCCCGCUGCUCGGGCUCAACGAGGAUCAGCGCCGCGACGCGUCGCAGGAGAUCGCGGUGAUGCGCGACCUACACCACCCGUGCGUGGUCGAGCAGAAGGACGCCUUCCUGUACAGCGAGUACGACCUCUGCCUCAUCCUGGAGUACUACGACGGCGGUGACAUGGAUGCUCGCAUGGCGGCGCAGCGGGAGCUGGACGUGUACUUCAGCUUCGAGCAGGUGAUGCUGUGGUUCGUGCAGCUGGUCCUCGGGGCGCAGUACCUGCACGCCCACCACGUCGUGCACCGCGACAUCAAGACGCACAACGUCUUUGUGCGACGGAAGGACGCCUCCGUCUCGUUGGGCGACUUCGGCAUUUCGGAGCGCUUCAACGCGGAUCUGGCAAGCCGCACGUGGGCCGCCGCGACGAUGAGCGGGCAGGGGAGCAGCGGCAACCCCGCGGGGACGGGGACAUGGACUGGUGGUGCGAGAGAGGACCGCCUGUACAAUGGCGGGACGCCAAACCUUGAAACUGGCGUUCUUCACCUGCAGCGUACUCCCUCCUCCUCGGCGCAGUUCACGGAGGGGUUGCACUUCGGGACGCCGAACGCCUCGCCGCACCGCCCACCACCACUACAGCAGCCCUUCGCGGUCCUGCAGCGCUACAACUCGAACGCCGGCAUCGCCUCACCAUACUUCGGCUCCCCGCAGUCACCGUGGAGCGGCGGCGGUGGCAAGAUGGAGGCCGUGAUGAAGGGCACGCCGCUUUACAUGGCGCCGGAGGUCAUACAAGGCGGCACGGCGAGUCCCAAGUCAGACGUGUGGUCGCUCGGCUGCGUCCUCUACGAGCUGCUGGCUCUACGGCACCCCUUCGACUCGCGCGACCUCGCCACGUUGGUGAUGCGUGUGUCUCGCGGGCAGCGGGAGCCGCUCCCGGUGCACUACCCCCGGCCGAUUCAAGAACUGAUCAAUCGCAUGCUUCACCUUGACGCGGCACAGCGACCCACCUGUGAGGAGGUGCUCAUGAUGCCCUGCGUACGCGCCUAUGUGGAGCUGUGGCACGUGCUGCGGACGCCGCUGGACGUACCGGCGUCGCUGAGCGAGACGGCGCUGGCGAAGCAGAUCAUCGCGUGGCAGGCGAACGUGAAGGCAGCGGCGCUGAAGAACCCGACGGAUCCGCGGUACGCCUCCUUGCAUCACAGCGAGAUGGAGCAUCAGCUGAUGCCGCCGGCCUGCUCACCCUCUGAGGAGCGCGAGGCAACCGAGAAGCGCGCCACGGAGGCGGCCCGGGCGGCGCUGCUGCUGGGCGGACCGUCCUUCUCGAGCUGCGGUGCGUUGUCCUUCAACGGGACCGCGGCCCCGGCGGGGGGCGUCGGUGGAAUGGCGGAGGGCACGUUCUUCUUCGGCGACAGCGGACGCCGCAUGACGGCGGCGAUGAACGGGACCGGCGGUGACGCGAGCGCCGUCGAUGGCCCGACAGAGAUGGCCAGCUUCCCCUCCGCCGUGGGCGGAAACAGCGACUCGGCGGUGGCGGCGGCGGGGGCGGUCCCCACCGAGAGCAUGCGGCCCUUCAUGGUUUACGACUCCGCCCCCUCCGCCGCGCCGCGCCCGUCGCUUUCGCUUGAGUCGCCGACACACGCCAGGCACAGCGCGGACUCGCCGUGUCGAAGCGCGUCGGGUGCGGCGAGGAGGCGGCCGCCACCGCAGAAGAAACGAAAGGCCAAGAAAACGGCGCAGAAGCAGCAACACCGCCGGCGUGCUGACCCGCCGCACCCAGCGUCGCCGUCCUCCUCUCCGUCCUCUUCGUUCGCCUCCCCCACCGCUUCCGCGACGUCCUCGCACUCCGGACAGCAGCAAAGGAGGAGUGGCCGCCACCACCGCGCGAGUUUCGACAGCAACGAUCACCGGCGAUCUGACCCCAACUCUCCCGACCCGACGGCCGCGCCGACCCCCUUCGACGACGCCCCCCUGCCUUCUACUUCGCCGCCACCGUUUCUGCGAGCGGCGGCACCGCCGCCCAACAAGCCGCUGCUCACGGCCGGCGUCACGCCGCUGCCUGCGCCUCCCCUCGACGAGGAGGCGCUCUUCUUCAAGGCCUUCCACAACGUCGUGGAUAUGCGCUACGCCUCAAUGGCGGACAUUGCUGAUGCCGUUGCGCAGCUGCGGCAGCGGGUGCAGCAACGCAUGCGGCAUCAACGCAUUCUGCUCGACAUCGAACUGCUGCACUCCCGCCACGGCUCAGCGCCGCUGCAGAGUAUGCCGAACGUGUUAAACGUGCUGGCCACGGCGGCGGCGGCCAGCCCCGAGGGAGAGGGGGCCGAGGAGCAGCGGCGGAGCGCGGACGGGCGGCCGGCCGUCACGCCGCGAAGUUCGUCCUCGACGAUACCGCAGUCGCCGGAGGACGUCUACAUUCACAUGGUGCAACAGAUCCACGAGGAGCGAGGGGACCGACAGCGGCAGGAGGCGAUGGACGAGGCAUGGGCGCACGCGCACGGCAUGACGGAUGGCCACGCCAAGCACAGCUACGACGCCGCGCUGCCAGUCGGGCGGCCCUCACCCACCCGCAUUCGGCAACUUCGCGAGGUCGCCGCGUUGGCGGAGGCGGAGGCGGCGCGGGUGCGUCUGCAGCGGCAGCAGGCCGAGUUGGACGGCGCGUCCUCCGCUGGCGGGGUCCCCUUUGCCGAUCCAGCGGCCCCGCUGCGACUGUCGACGAAGGCCACCGCCGACAGCGACGAGGCGGCGCAGCGGCAGCGGUGGUCCGUGUACAUUCAGCGGCGCAACAGCCUUUCCGCAUCGCUCGUGCGCGUCUUCGACCCGGUAACGCUGCGGGCUGUGUACAAGUACUACCUUUCACGUCCGCUGCUGCAGCGAGAUGUGAAUCUGGUGCGCCGACUUGUGCCGGACCGCUCGCAGUGGACGGCGCUGCCGCUGGUGGAGGAGCUGGUGGUGCUGGACCGCAGUCUCCAGCCCCUGCUAGACAGGACGGAAUGA